GUUCGAGUCAACCGUCCUUAGGGUUCAGUUUGGAAAAGGGCUUUUCAUCACUUGCUCAAAUUACAGCGAAAGAGGAACCCUAAAAAAUGUUGUUCUUCUCGUACUUCAAGGAUUUGGUGGGAAAAGAAGUGACUGUGGAACUGAAGAAUGAUUUAGCGAUAAGAGGAACCCUUCAUUCGGUCGAUCAGUAUCUCAAUAUCAAGCUUGAGAACACCAGGGUCGUUGAUCAAGAAAAGUUCCCUCACAUGCUUUCAGUGAGGAACUGUUUCAUUCGAGGAUCAGUGGUGAGAUAUGUGCAGUUACCACCAGAGGGAGUUGACAUCGAGCUGCUCCAUGAUGCCACUAGAAGAGAAGCUCGUGGUGGUUAGAAAUAUCAAAUAUGCUGUCUAUGUUAUAUGCAUUUUAGUUAGAUAUUUAUUUGUUGCACAACUCUGAAUUUUGUUGCUUUAAUUUUUAAUCUGUCUUUAUGACUAUUACCCUUUUGAAAUAUCAUCUUCCUCUUUCCUGUUGAG